GGCGGAUAAACAACCAUGGAUAAGGGUUUCAAGGCGAAUCCUGUAUCCUGUUGCGUGUUUUUCUACAGGAGUAGAAAACUAAGUCAACACAUUUGCAGAGGAGCGCCAGAGAAAGAAUUAUAAUUUCGGAAGAAUGGACAACAGCCUCCAGCAGGAGGUUAUAGUCACUCAGGAAACAGAGUUUGCCGGUUCAACCCAGAGCAAACAGAAGAUGAUCAUCCACUUCACCAGCGGUGAAACCAUGGAGGAAGAAGACAGUGAUGAGGAAGCGGCGCAGCCCUCGAAUAGUUCUCCGUUGAGAGAACCAGAGGAGAGGAAUUGGUUCUCAUUCAAGAAUUGGGCCAUUCUAAUUGGGAGGAUUUCACUGCAUGCUUGUGAUUUCCUUGGAGAAAGACUAGCCAGUGCACUUGGACUGAAUUCACCCAAAUACCAGUCUCUUAUAGAUCGACAUCAGCGUGAUCACAAGGAACCGAGCAGCCCGGCCUCUGGCAGCCAGGCCUCUGGCGGCCUUGAGCAGGAACCAGUAGAGAUGACCUGCUUCUCUCAAACGGAUGAUAGUCAAUACGGAGCGACAGGAGACAUAAGUAGGCCCGCUCAUCUCCAGGGGAGCCAUGAUGGGAAACUUGUGAGCAGCAAAGAUGGAUACCACAACAGAAGCUAUCAAGCAGAUGAGGAUUAUUUGAAAUAAAAGAAAAAGAAGCAGUGAGAGUUAUGAUUUGAUGUGCAAAUAGUGAUUUCAGAGAAAGUAUGAUGGGACUCUUUGUCUAUAGUAUGGUAAUGUUACAAGAUAACG